AUGACAAACAGCCCUGGGGCCUACCAUGCCGCCGCCGCCGCCGAAAACAACCGUAACAUCGGUCACGCAGCUGCGACGUCUACGUCGACGACAGCGCAGGGACGCCGCAGUCAGGCCGACGCUUCUCACUACAUCAUGCCAGCGGACCCGCACAGUUGUUGUGACCCCGCUCCGACCGUGCUCUCGGGCGCCGGCAUAUGUCUGAUAGUAUUGGGCUAUACGAUGUUCGGAGCUUUCACGUUCAUGACGUUGGAAAACGGCGGCCGGGACAGCGUGCAAUCGAUCCGGGGCGGUCAGCAGCAGCACCCACAGCCCCAGCCACAGACCCAGCAACAGCAGCAACAGCAACAGCAGCACAGCCAACCGCAGCAGCAUCAGCAACAGCAACAGCAACAGCAGCACCAGCAGCAGUCGCAGUACCAGCUGGCCAGGAACGACAAGCUCAGGGCGCAGACGGUCGAGAAGCUGUGGAAGAUCACCGAAGACCUGAACAUCCUAUACCGGGACAACUGGACCAGGCUGGCCGAAGAGGAGAUCCUCAAGUUCCAGGACUCGUUGAUCAGGAAAUACGGGGGUCCCAACCAGACCGACCGAAGGCACCGGUGGAACUUCGCGUCGUCGUUCCUGUAUUCGUUGACGUUGAUCACCACUAUCGGUUACGGCAGCGUGACUCCGCAGACGCCUUGGGGCCGAGUGAUCACGAUCGUGUACGCGCUGAUCGGCAUACCUCUGAUGUUGCUGUACCUGUCCACGAUGGGCGAGACGCUGGCCAAGAACUUCCGGCGAGUCUACUCGAGACUGUGUUCGCCCGGAAACCGGGAAGACGGGGACGACGGAAGCGCCGGCGGUGGACGGGGCAGGCCGGGCGGCGGCAAGCGGGCGCCGCCCAACACGGUGUCCAGCAAUCACGUGGGCGGCGGCGACUAUUACCGUCACCCGUACGAGUUCGAAACCGUCUCGGGGGCGGCCGCAUAUGCGGACGUGGCCAACGUAGGCCUGUCGGGUGGCGGCGGACAGAAACGUGUCCCCGUGCUGCUGUCGCUGUCCGUGGUCGCCGCGUACGUGGCGCUGGGCGCGUUCAUCUACCAGAAGCUCGAGCGAUGGACGCUGCUGGAGGGCUCGUACUUCUGUUUCACCAGCCUGGGCACCAUCGGGUUCGGCGAGCUGGUGCCGGGCGGCGUCGAGUCCACCAAGGAUGUAUCCGUGUUCGUGUCGUCCGGUUACAUACUGGUCGGCAUGGCCGUAGUGGCCAUGUGUUUCCAGCUGUUGCAGGACGAACUGGCUGCCAUGUCGCGUAACUGCCGGUGGUGCUGCUGUUGGUGGUGGAUGUGGACGCAGCAGCAGCACCAGCAGCAACUGCAGCACAAGGACAUCAACAUGGUCGUGUGCACGGUGGCCGGUGCCGUUGACGGCGGCGGUGGCUGCGACGACGACGACUGUGGUGGCGCCAUUUCGUCCGCAGCGCCCCACUCGCAGAACCGUGGACGGCAGCCGCCCCACCCGCACAACCGAAACAACGGCGUGGCCGCCGGUUCCUGA